AUGACCAUGGCAGGAUUCUCUUCUGUGGCGGCGGUGAGGCAUAACUGCGCUAAGCUCUCGGUGCCCAUGGAUGGCGCCAAGGCGGUGGCGGUGGCCGCUGGCACCGUCUUCGUCAAAACUACAUGGCUGCCCUCCCGCUUCUCCCUCGCCAUGACUAACGGUGCUGAUGCUGAGGUGCGCCUCCGCGAGGCGGCUCCUGGCUCAGUCGUCGGGGGCAGCCAGCCCGAGGCCAGGGCUCAUCGGACUCGGCCAUUGCGGCUGGCCUGGCAGUCAUGGCAGGCCACCCGCGCCAGCGGCCUCGCGCUGCGGCCGGCCUGCCUCCCGGCGGCUCCUCCCGCACACGUGGAGCCGGUCCCGUGCCUGCGGCGGCCGGCAGCCUCUGCGCCCCGUGGCCGGUUCCUUGCGGUCGAUGGCCUCUGCGCCUGCAGCGGCCUCGAUGCGGCGCUCGCGACCCGACGGAGGCCCCUACGCGGCCGGCCUGCUUCGCAGCGGAGUCUAGAAGCUAGCCUGGCGGUUUCCGUGCCCGUGGCCACCGCGCAUUGGUGCCCGCGCCCCCCGAGUGGCCUCCCGUGCUCCUGCUGCGGCCUCACGCCAGCGGCCGGAGGCCAGCCCUGCGGUUGCCGGCCUUCCCAUGGCGGCGCCGACGACGACCUGGAAGGCGGCAACCCUCACGGCCGAGAGGCCGAGUUCCCAUGA